UGCUGGAGCGUGCUGGGAGUCCCUAACAACACCCUGAGAAUUUUGAAUCUGACGGGGAAGGAGUGUGCAGUCAGCCGAUGGUGGAGGAGAGCAGCGCCUAUGCCUCAGGAAGAGGAGCCUCUCAGCAUGGAUCCUCCACCCCCGGAAGAGCCCUUAGAGGAGCAAACCAAAAAACUAGAAAAGCAGGAAGAGGAGAUGGAGUUUAAGGAACUGGAUGGUCUCAGGGACGCCUUGGCAAACCUCCGGGGUCUGUCCGAGGAGGAGAAGAGCGAGAAAGCGAUGCUUUGCUCCCGCAUCCAAGAGCAGUCCCAGCUCAUCUGCAUCCUGAAGCGGAGGUCAGAUGAGGCCCUGGAGCGCUGCCAGAUCCUGGAGCUGCUCAACACAGAGCUGGAGGAGAAGAUGGUGCUGGAGGCUGAGAAGCUGAAGGCCAAGAGCGCGCAUGCCCAGCAGCUCGAGGAACGCUUUAUGACCUUGGCAGCCAACCACGAGUUGAUGAUCCGCUUCAAGGACGAACACAAGAGUCAGAACGUGAAGCUCAGGGAGGAGAAUGAGAAGCUGAGGCUGGAGAACAGCAACCUCUUCAGCCAGGCUCUGAAGGACCAGGAGGCCAAAGUGUCGCAGCUCACCGCGCGGAGCGAGGCCCUGUCCAAGGAGCUGGAGACCGUGAAACAGAGAUGCGCUCAGGAGGCCCGCCAGGCGCAAGCCAGAGAGAAGGAGCUGCUGGAGCUGCAGAGCCAGCGGGCCGGCGCCCACACCAAGGAGAUGGAGCAGCUGCGCAGCCAGCUGCAGAGCCUCAAGCAGAAGCACCGGCAGGCCGUGGAGCAGCUGGCCAACGCCAAGCAGGCGCACGGCAGCCUGAACCAGGAGCUGCAGGCCAGGCUGCAGACGGUCACUCGCGAGAAAGAUGAGCUGUUGCAGUUGGCCAUGGAGAGGGGCCGGGUGCUUCAGAACAAGCAAGCAGAGAUCCGGCAGCUUGAGGAGAAGCUGGAGACAGCCGAUGUGGCCCGGAGGCAUGCCCUGGAGAGGUUCGAACAAGAGGCAAUGGCCGUGGACAGUAACUUGAGAGUCCGAGAACUUCAGCGCAGGGUCGACGGGAUCCAGAAGGCCUAUGAUGAACUCAGGCUGCAGUCUGAAGCCUUCAAAAAGCACAGCCUGGAUCUUUUAAGCAAGGAGAGAGAACUCAAUGCCAAACUCCGCCAUCUCUUUCCAUAGGAAGCUUCUGUUUCCUCUUUCCUCUAAUUUAGAAUUUAACUCUUUGUGCCUUAGCAUUAUGACAAGAGUAAAGUUGGUUUUCCAUUUGUUAUACUUUUAAGCACAAAAGGCAAUUCAAAGAAAAGCUAUUUUACUGUGGUGAUGUGGUUGUUACUGUUGUAAGGCUAGCACUAAUUUUCAGCCCUACCACCUAAAAUACACGUGACAUACCAGGUGUCUUUCUGUGCCUUGGAAAUCCUGCUCUAAGUUUGCUAUCAUUAUCUCCAUCUUCCCCAUAACUUAUUCAUUCUCAACCCCAGAUAUCUUCAGAUAGCCCGAGACUUUAAAUUAGCAGCUCCUGUGGACUUAAGUAAAUCUUAAAAGUGCAAGGAGAUGUACUGUUGUGAAAACAGUUUUGCAUAGUUCCCCCUUGUAGCUAGGCAGGUCCGUAGUCUCCCUUAGUUGAAAAUAGAAACUCGAACAGUUAAUAGCAUAGAGAGCUUGCA